AAGUUGGUGAAGGAUGGGAGCCUGAAGGGCUUAGAGGUGAAAGGGGGAGUGAAGGAGAUUGGGAGCUGCCCUACAUGCUUGGAGACCAAGUUCUCCAAGUUCUCCUUCAACAGCACUACAAGACCAGCCAAGACCCCACUUGCACUUGUGCACAUGGAUGUGGUGGGGCCCACAAGAGCCCCUUCCCUCUCAGGCAGCCGCUAUUUCUUGACAAUUGUGGAUGACCACACUCGGGCAGUGUGGGUUUACCCUUUGAAGAGCAAGGGAGAGGUGGCAGUGGCUGUCCUUAAGGAGUGGAUGCCUAGAGCUCAGAGGGAAUGCGGACACAAGGUGAAGGUGAUCCGCAGUGACAAUGGUGGGGAGUUCAUUGGAGCUGAUUUUGAGGGGGAGUUGAAAAGGAAGGGGAUCCAACAUCAACUGACAGUGCCCUACAACCCGCAGCAGAAUGGCGUGGCUGAGAGGUUCAACAGGACCCUGCAGGAGGGGGCACGCACUCUCCUUGGACGUGCAGGGCUGCCUGAUCCGUUUUGGGUGUCUGCACUGAGGCAGGUCGCCCUUGUGAAGAAUAGGGUGCUGGCUACAGUUGGGGAGAAGGAGUGGAUCCCAUAUACCAAGUGGUAUGGGAGUGCUCCAGCUGUGAACAUGCUGAGGGCAUUUGGGUGCAUGGUGGUGUUUCAUGUGCCUAAGGAGAAAAGGGGGAAGUCGGAGGCUUCUGGAAGAUGGGGUGUGCACUUGGGGAUUGCAAAGGAUCACAAGGGGUGGCUGCUAUGGGACUUGACCACCCAGAAGCUGACAGUGUCUAGGGAUGUGAAGUUUCUUGAGUCCCUGUACUACAAGGAAUGGAAGCAGCAGCAACAGAAGCUUCCAUCUACACUGCUCAUUGUGGAGGCAGAUGAGGUGCAGCGGCCUUCAAGACAGGUGGAGGUUGCAGUGUCUGAGGAGGAGAUGUCUGGGGUGACUGAGGAAGGGGGAGCAGCUGAAGUGGAGCAGCAGCAGCAGCAGCAACAUGAGUCUCCACCUCGAGUUCCACACCCGCCUGAGCGACCUAGGAGGGAUGUGCGCCCUCCUGUGAGGCUGACCUAUGGGGGAAGAGGCAAGCCGAAUGUGGUGCAGGCUGGGAGAACAACACUGAGGGUGCUGUUGGCGAUAGCUGCACUCCUGGGAUGGAAGAUACGGCAGAUGGACAUUGUGACUGCCUUUCUGAAUGGGGUCAUUCUGGAGGAGGUGUACAUGAAGCAGCCAGAGGGGCUGGAUGAUGGGAGCGGUAGGUUGGAAGCGGCCAAGAGGUUGGUCCGCUAUGUGAGCGCUACGGCAUCAGUGGGAUUGGAGUACAGUGGAGUGAGGCAGCGGUUGCAAAGAGGUGCUACAGAUGUGAAGAGUGGAGAGAUGCUCUUGAGUUGCUAUACUGACGCUAGCUUCAACUCAGUGAAAGCGGAUGGCACCAGCAUUGGGGGUUAUGUAGAGACAGAGACGGCAAGCGAGGUAGAGGGAGAGAGAGAGAGAGAGAGAGAGAGAGAGAGAGAGAGAGAGAGAGAGAGAGAGAGAGAGAGAGUUAAAGAGAGAGAGAGAGAGAGAGAGAGAGAGAGAGAGAGAGAGAGAGAGAGAGAGAGAGAGAGAGAGAGAGAGAGAGAGAGAGAGAGAGAGAGAGAGAGAGAGCACGAGUAAGUUGGCCCGACGUGCCAGGCGGGCGCG